AUGGCCCUGCUGCUGCUCCUGAGCCUCCUGCCGCCCGCCCUGCCCCUCUCCGGGCCCGAGACGCGCUGCAGCUCGGUGCUGCUGGACCCCGCCUCGGGCCAGCUGCAGAUCGUCCCGCGCUGGGACCCCGCCGCCGUCGCCUGGGCCAAUCUCACCGACCGGAUCCAAGACACGGGGUGGUCCUUCCUGGAGUUGGCCACCAGCGAGAAGUACAAUGACAGCCUGCAGGCCUAUGCUGCGGGACUGGCCGAAGCCGCUGUGUCCGAACAGCUCAUCUACAUGCACUGGAUGAACACCAUGGUGGGCUACUGCGGCCCCUUUAAAUACCAGACUGACUACUGCGAGAAGCUGAAGAGCUACAUCGAGACCAACCUGGCCUGGAUGGAGGAGCAGAUGGAGAAAGGAGAAGCUCUGGAGUACUGGUACCAGGUGCGCCUGGCUCUGCUGCAGCUCAAGGGCCUGGAAGACGGUUAUAACGGGCGAGUGGCUUUCCCGACUGGACGAUUCUCGGUCGCCCCGUUUGGCUUCCUCUUGUUCCAGCUGGGUGGGGACCUGGAGGACCUGGAGUCGGCCUUGAACAGAACGGAAAGCGAGCACACGCUGGGCUCGGGGUCUUGCUCUGCGCUCCUCAAGCUGCUGCCGGGGAACCAGGAGCUCCUGGUCUCCCAUGACACCUGGAACACUUACCAGUCCAUGCUGCGCGUCAUCAAGAAGUACACGCUGCCCUUCCGGACCUCGGCCCACAGUGACGACAUGAUCUCGGGGCACGUCCAGACAUUCUCGUCCUAUCCCGGCACCAUCUUCUCGGGAGACGACUUCUACAUCUUGAGCAGUGGCUUGGUGACUUUGGAAACCACCAUCGGGAACAGCAAUGCUGCCUUGUGGAAAUACAUCCAUCCGGAAGGGAGUGUCCUGGAGUGGCUGAGAAAUAUAGUGGCAAACCGCCUAGCCAGGAGCGGGGCUGAGUGGGCUGCCAUCUUCCAGCAGUUCAACAGUGGCACGUACAACAACCAGUGGAUGAUUGUGGAUUAUAACACCUUCCUGCCGGGCAAAGCUGGCCUCCAGCAGGGGGUGCUCACAGUGCUGGAGCAGAUCCCGGGCCUGGUGGUCGUGGCUGACAAAACAGAGGAGCUGUACCAGAAGGGAUACUGGGCCAGUUACAAUGUGCCGUACUUUGAGCAGAUCUUCAACGCCAGCGGCCAGCUGGAGCUGGUGAAGAAAUACGGCGACUGGUUCACCUACGACAAAAACCCCCGCGCCCAGAUCUUCAGGCGCAAUCAGACGCUCGUCCAAGACCUGAACUCCAUGAUCCGGCUCAUGAGGGCAGAGCUGCCCCAGUGGCUAAUCCAGGCCUGCGCCUGGCGGGGCCCAGCUCCCCUCCCCUUGGGGCUGCCUCCAUUGAACGUGUUCGUGCUGCCUCUCAGGUUCAACGACUUCCUGAAGGACCCGCUGUCCCGGUGCCAGGGCUGCGACCCACCCCAGAACGCCGAGAACGCCAUCGCCGCCAGGUCGGACCUCAACCCCGCCAAUGGGACCUACCCCUUCGCUGCGCUGCGCCAGCGGUCGCACGGGGGCACGGACAUGAAGAUCACGUCCUAUGCGAUGGCCAAGGGCUACAGCCUGAUUGCCGCCAGCGGGCCCACCUGGGACGACGUCCCCCCUUUCCAGUGGAGCACCUCUCCCUACAGCAACCUGCUUCACAUGGGGCACCCCGACCUCUGGAAGUUCCCCCCCAUCAAGAUCUGGUGGGACUGAAGUGGAGCCUGGAUCCCCUGGCGCAUGUGGCCGAGUGGGUUGGAGCAGGGGUGCUGAGGGUGUGUCCCGUCCCCCUGUCUGUCUUGUUAUAGUCUGGACUCUGGCCUAUCCGCUGUGGGGCUGCUCCACCCCAGCUGCCUUUCCCCUGAGAAAUAAGGGAAGAAUGUCUCUCUCUGCAGGGGGAGCACAGGGGAUACCUGGGGUGGGGGGAGAAACGACAGAGGGGGCAGCAUGAUGAUCUUGGGUACAGUGCAGCUACUGCAUCAAAUUUAGCCCUGGCGUAAGUGGCUGGAGUUUGGUGAAGCCGAUGGCCAUUGCACCUGCUUCUGCCAGGCCUUGGUUUGGCCCAGCUUGUCAUUUUGCUGCAUUGUCUUAACUUGCAAGCUGGCUUCUUGCCCUCCGAACAAACUGUGACGCUCCCCAGAAGCCAGGGGAACCCCAGCCUCUUCUCCUGCCCCCUAGUUCCCCUCCUUCCCUGCCCCGCUGGUUGUUCGGUCACUGUCACUCCCGCCUCUGAAGACCGGAGCUGCCACCAGGUCCCCGGGGAAGGAGGAGCUGCCUGCUGGGACCCCCAUGGGCUGCCAACUUGUGUGGUGGCACCGAGAAGCGGGCGGGUCCACGGUAUAACCCCUGGGGGUGACCCACGGGAAGGAGCGCUAGUGUUCUCGGGAGCGGAGGCGGAGCUGUCCCUCUGAAUGUAAGGCAGAGAGGCGGGUUUGCCUCUCCAUCCCCUAUCCCUCAGCGCUGGGCCUUGAGGGAGGGCAUUGUCCCAGCUGGUGUCUGCAGCCCCAGGAAGAUCGCUGGUGAAGUGCUCUCCAGGGGGGGGGAGGGCUGCCCCCCCCGCACCCCUUUGCUGCGUCUCUCUGCACUGCACUCCAGUGCCUGGGGGUGACUGCUGCUGUUUUGUUCACGCUGCCUUUGAAUCCUCCGCUGCUCUUUGAUGCAGCUGUGGCUUGGGUGAUGCCCUUGCCCUUUGCUUUGCUGGCAUCAGUGCGAAGGAAAAGCCCAGCGGGCUGCCCACAGGGCACCGCCUCAACCUGAAAUCUUUCUGCUUUUGUGCCUGUUGUGCCCGCUACCUCCUUAGGCCUGGACCCACAUGGCGCCACAGGCGUGGGGCUUGUGCAUGUGAGGAAGCUUUUGCCCGUUAAAGGGAAAUGGAGCAGGGUUCGGCAGGAGACCACCAGGGCAGACCUCACUCCCCUUGAAAAGUGACAGCAAGGAAGGCUUAAAGCCAGGCUCAGAUGCUCCCCGGCCAGAGGCGUUCUCACCCCCUUGGCUUAGCUGCCAGUUGGCUCCGAGUGGGGCUACAGCGCAGGGCUUGUUCUGGGUCCCCAGUGCAAACCCAGGAGUUCGGGGAUCGUGUGUAAGCAGGAUUAAAAGAGCUCUUUGGCUUGGU